AUGCAAAAUCCUAGUGAACCUAACUUUGAUCGUUCUUUCACGAUUAUUUCACAUAAUUCUCAAGGAGAUAACGUUACAAGUGCGAAUACCAUGCAAAAUCCUUCGACUUCUAAUGAUGAGAUUAUUUCUCGCGUGGCAUUUAUACCAUUAAAUAGCGAGCAUGAACAAAAUAGUAACGAUUAUGCGUAUAUUCAACCGAUGACUCCAAGUCAAUCUGUUCAGAUGAUUCAAAAUUUUCAAACACCAUCUAUGGAAUAUCCUCAAGAGAGUGUUGUUGGUAUGGCUAGACAUUCAUUCUUUUAUAGUCCUUGCAAUGAUGAUCAUAUUUAUCAUAUCAUUUGUGAAGAGACAGAUUUUUAUGAAAUGGUUUCUCACUUGAUUAAUAAUUUCUUGAUUUCAUCUCAUUCAACUCGAUCAUUUAUAUUUUACUUUCAACAACCUAAUGAUAAAAAAAUCUAUCAAGUAACAUGUGAAAUGAUCAAUGUUUAUUUCGAUGAAAUCGAGCCAAAUGAACAGCAGCAUCGCGUGGAAUUUUCUAAUGAACUUAAAGAAAAUCUCGAAUUUUAUUUGAAACAAAGUUUAGUUAAUUAUUUGGCACCAAAAGAUGGAUUAUAA